GGAGAGGAGUCAGGGUGGGAGGCUCGAACCGCGACCUGAAGAAUGGAGCUUCGACUUGUGUGAAGUAUCUCUAGACAGUCUUGCUGGCGAGCAAUAUCCCGGAGACUCUCUACCAUGGGUUGGACACCGGAAGCGAGAAGGAUCUGUUGCUAGUAUGGACAAGAGGGGGAGGUCCAUCCCGUUUGCCAGCCUCGACGAGUCAUGUAUUCCCGCGUGCGCUGUGUGCAUGGAACCACUUGGACUUUACGGAGGACCAGCUUCGCUUCCCUGCGGUCAUAACGGGUGUCUCCAUUGCCUGCAGCAGGUCCAGGCCAGCUCCCACGGGCCACUGUGUCCACUCUGCCGCAACCCGUUUGAGGCUAGCCUCGCGCUCUCCGUAAACACCGAGCUCAGGGACGCUUUGCAGAGGGCUGCCGUCGCAGCAGCACGCGCGGCGGUCGAAAAGGGACCUGUGCACGGGGGAGACCUAGGCCCCUGGCUGGCAGUUGACCACCACCCCCUGGCAAGCAAGAAGGGCUUUGUUGACCACGAGUGGGCCGCCGCGCACGCUGCCGAGGACCAGGUCUGGGGGCAGCAGAACCAGCCCCCCCCCAAAGGCGAAUCCUCGGUUUGGAACAUCAUCAGGGGGGUCCUCGCGCUUGUGUCCGGCAGUGGGGGGGACAGCUUUGAAGACGUGUCGGGUGUAUUCCGACAAGCUAGGAAAGGGGGGUCGAGGAGGGGCCGCAGCGAUCCAAUGGGGUUUGGGCACAUUCCGAGUGCUCCUCCUCUUGCGGCAGGAGGGAUGCAGGGAGAUGAUUAUGAGGGGGGGGAUGAUGUGCGGUUGAUCAAAGCGGUGCUGGAUUCAGAGCCCCCUCAGUGGAUGCCAGACAGUUCCAGCAGUGGCUGCAUGCAGUGUGGUUCGCACUUCCGGCCAAUGACCCGCUCCCGCCACCACUGCCGCUUCUGCGGGGGCAUCUUCUGCUGGUCGUGCACGCGCCACCGCUGCCUACUUCCGGCGCACUUCCGCCAGUCGGACCCCCAGCGAGUCUGCGACGCAUGCAACGAGCGCUUGGAGCCGGUACAGAGGCUCUUAGCUGGCCGUGUCAGCAAUGCCGCCCAGGUCGCCCUGCAUGAUGUCACUGACCCCGGGAGCUCCCUGCGCGCGUGGCUGAACAACCCGCUCGCCACGAGCCUCCAGGAAGACAUUUUCAAGGCCACCGCCACGCUGCGCAGCUUCGAGCAAGUGGGCAGGCUAAAGCCGGAGAAGGGCAUACCGGAUUGGGUGCUCUCGGGGGCCAAAGGAUUGGCCAUCAUUACAGUCUUCAAGAUUGGCAUCGGUCUAACGUACAAGAUUGGGACGGGCCUGGUGGUGGCGCGACGGGAGGACGGGACGUGGUCACCGCCCAGUGCGAUAGGGCUGGCGGGGCUGGGCUACGGGCCGCAGCUCGGCGGCGAGCUGACCGAUUUCGUGAUAGUACUGCGGACGCUCGAGGCAGUCAAGGCCUUCACCGGGCGGGUCCAUCUGUCGGUCGGCGCGGGACUCUCAGUUGCCGCGGGACCCGUUGGACGCUCCGCAGAGGCGGACGUCCGUGCCGGUCUGUCCGGAACGGCGGCCUGUCUGAGCUACAGCUGCAGUAAGGGGGUCUUCGUGGGGUUGUCGGUGGAGGGCAGCGUUGUUGCGACGAGGACGGAAGCAAAUGCGCGGUUCUACGGGGACCAAUCGAUGCGCGCCCGGGAGCUGCUUCUAAGCGACGUGGGCAGUCCGAGGGCGGCAGCGCCGCUUUACGCGGCCUUGGAUGCGCUGUUCUCGAAGGUGGAUCCGGUAGAGGACGACUGCUUUCCGGGUGACAUUUAUGACGACGAGGAUGAGUAGGUAGAGUAGGCCGGAAGCGGUUGUGAUACAACGUUAUACUGGAUAGGAACGCACCAGCAUGCACGUUGCGUGGGCUGACGUUCUAUAUUGUGGAAUUAUGUAAAGUGGGCAGGUAGGAUAGGCGCACGUGUACAAAUAUAGAUCUGUGGAUAACGUUAGACUGCAACUCAUUGCAGAACGGCCUUGAGCAAUUCGAUAAAACCUAAAACCAUCGCUGGGUGUGGUUGGUGGUAAAACCUCAGUGCAUAUUACAAGAAGCUGUAGGUCGCGGCAGGCCCUUCGGAAAACCUCAAUGCAUACAACAGUGCUUACAAAACGUAGCCAGCUCAAUCAACUAGCGAGCAACGUAUGCCUCACAUGUUCGACCAUACAACCAGGCAGCUCCACCGCGGAAGCGCACCCAUCGGGCCGUAUAAGGCUCACCGCGUCGACGAAGUCACCAACAGAA